CUCAGGACUCUGAUCCAUGGAGACAAGAAAGGAGGGUUCAGUAUUUUCUGGGCAGAUGAUGGCUUGGAUACAGGUCCCAUUCUCAUGCAGAAAGAAUGUGAGGUGUUUCCUGAUGACACCAUCAGCACGCUGUACAACCGAUUCCUCUUCCCCGAAGGAAUUAAAGGCAUGGUUGAGUCAGUGGACCUCAUCGCCACUGGGAAGGCCCCAAGAAUCAACCAGCCUCCUGAGGGAGGAACUUACGAGGGCAUUCAGAAGAAAGAAAAUGCCAAGAUUAACUGGGAUCAACCAGCAGAGGCCAUUCACAACUGGAUCCGAGGCAAUGACAAGGUCCCUGGAGCCUGGUCGGAGGUGAAUGGACACGUAAGUGUUGAGUAGAAUAAUGGUGAAGGAGGUGUUCCAACUCGAGGGUCUCCAUGGUGACAAAACAAGCCAAAUGUUCAGGGAAAGCAUUGGGCUAGUUGGUAAGGCCGUGCCUGACUGGGAAAAUGACGGGCUGGGA